AUGUCGCAAGCUACUGCCCCAUCUCAAACCGCUCAACCAACGCGCGUGAGCACUCCACCGCAGCAGGCCUCCACCCAACCCGGUGAUGGCUCUGUGAAGACGGUACGACCCGAUGAGGUCGACCGCAAUGACCCGAAUAUAAAUGUUGUUGAGCUGCCUCCUCAGGCGGGCAAGAUCCCAUGGAAAGAUCAAGUGAUAGGCCACGCGAAGAACAUCCGAGGCACUGCUGUUGGCAACAAGAGCACGAAGGAGCAAGGACAAAAGAUCCUCAACGGCGAGAUUGCUCCCGCAGAGACCCAUAAGGAUGUGUAG